AUGGACACAAGGAUUACACAGCUUGAGGAUGAAAUAAAGAAAGUAGAUGACAUGGUAAGUACCGGAGCGGCUGAUGGGACGGUUGAAGCAAGGAGAAAGGCGCUCGUGAGCUUCUGUAGGAAAUGGUAUAUCAGAAAGGAGUUGCAUUGGAAGCAGAUGUCACGAUCUCGACAUGCAAAGGAGAUGGAUAAAAACACCCAUUAUUUGCAUAAUUUAGCCUCAGCCCAAAGAAGGUCUAAUUGGAUUGAUACCUUGAUGGUUAAUGGGAGGUUGGUAAGGAAUCAAGCCAGGAUCAAGAUUUCUAUAUGUGACUUGUAUAAGACGUUGUACCACCAGGAGACAGCGCCGAAUAUUGGGUUCAGGGACAGACUGGUAAAGCAGAUUCAUGAGGAGGAGGCAACAGCGCUAGAGGUGAUGCCAACUCUUGAAGAAAUAAAGGAUGCCGUUUGGAAUUGUGAGUCAACAAAGGCACCUGGCAGUGAUGGGUAUAAUAUGAAUUUUAUAAAGAAGUGUUCGGAAGAAAUAGGAAGGGAGUUCACUGGAGCGGUGAUAGGGUUCUUCCGGUCAGCUACGCUACUUAGUGAGUCGAAUGUCACUUGGGUAGCACUGGCACUGAAGUUUAUUGGCGCUAGAGAAAUUAAGGAUCUUCGGCUGAUUAGUAUGGUGGGUUGUGACUAUAAGGUCAUAUAUAAGGUGUUGGUUCGGAGGAUGUGGAAAGUAAUGCCGGGUUUGGUAGGAGAGACACAGAGCGUCUUCGUAAAGGGCAGUAAAAUACAUGAAGGGGCUCUGAUCGCCUGCGAAACAGUGCACUGA